AUGUCGUUGUUCGGGAAGAUAUUUGGCGGAGGAGGCAAAGGGGGCAAGGGACCUAGCCCUCAGGAGGCUAUCCAGAAACUCCGCGAAACCGAGGAGAUGCUAACCAAGAAGCAGGAAUUUUUAGAGAAAAAAAUUGAGCAAGAACUGCAAAUCGCUAAGAAAAACGGCACGAAAAACAAAAGAGCGGCUCUCCAGGCUUUGAAAAGAAAGAAGCGCUACGAGAAACAGCUGGGCCAAAUCGAUGGCACGUUGUCCACCAUCGAGUUCCAGAGAGAAGCUCUUGAGAACGCCAACACCAACACUGAAGUGCUGAAGAAUCUGGGUUUUGCUGCAAAGGCCAUGAAGUCUGCUCACGAAAACAUGGAUAUUGACAAGGUGGACGACUUGAUGCAGGACAUAACCGAGCAGCAAGAGUUGGCCCAAGAAAUCUCCGACGCCAUUUCCAAACCUGUUGGAUUUGGAGAAGAUUUGGAUGAGGAUGAGCUUCUUGCUGAACUGGAGGAGUUGGAACAAGAAGAGCUGGAUAAAAAUCUGCUGGACGUCGGAGCGGAGAACGUCCCCCUUCCCAACGUGCCUUCUACAUCAUUACCUUCAAGACCUGCUGCAAAGAAAGAGGAUGACGAGGAUGACAUGGGCGACCUGAAGCGCUGGGGAAUGGAAGCCAUGUAA